AUGGCAUCAAGAACUGCUAUGGUUAUACUUGCUGAGGGGGCCGAGGAAAUGGAAACUGUUAUUCCCGUUGACGUUUUGAGACGAGCUGGAGUUGAGGUUACUAUUGCUGGUCUUCUCGGUAAAAAUACAGUGAAAUGUUCGAGGCAAGUGAUGAUUACGCCUGAUAAAGCUUUAUUCGAAGUGGCAGAUAACAAAUUUGAUGUUGUGAUUUUGCCAGGUGGCUUACAAGGAGCAAAUUCCCUUGCAGCAUCAGACGAAGUGGGCACUAUACUUCGAACUCAGUACGAAAGUGGUCGUUACAUAGCUGCGAUAUGUGCUGCACCGAUUGCCCUAAAAAGUCACGGUAUUGCCCCAGGGAUAUUGCUGACAUCACACCCAAGUGUUAAACCAAAACUUGUGGAAGGAGGAUACAAAUAUUCUGAAGAUCGUGUGGUUACAACAGAUCAUAUAGUCACUAGCCGUGGCCCAGGAACUGCAUUAGAGUUUGCAUUAAAAUUGGUCGAGUUACUUGUUGGAACGGAAAAAGUGAAGGAAGUUAGCGUUCCAAUGAUUGUGAAGGAAUAA